UACGCUUCUCAUUCUCAUCAGACAUCAGAGCUGUGAAUAUUACGGAUUUAUAUCAAGCGAAUUUUACAAGAAAGCAUAAACAUGUGUCUCGAAAGACUCAAGGAACAAGCUGUUUCUGAGAGCCCAGUCUCAAUGACUGACUAUGCGUUGGACAAGGGAUUUGAUUUCGAUUUCAAAUACGGCCAGAGCAAAGCUUUUGAAUACUUGAGCAGCUCGAUGCCGGAGACCCGAACAAGAAGCCCAAGUCCUCGAGCAAGACGUAAACAUCAUCGCAGAAGGCUAAAGGGGAAGAAGAAGUACAGGUUUCCCUCUACUUAUUUUGAGCCUUCUCUUGAGAACAUUGAUGAAGAAAAAGAGAUUGAAAUCGACCCACUGAGGUUGGGGAGAAAGGAGAAAAAUCUCUUGUCAAAACAUCGCGAAAGAGCACUUGAAGGAGGUUCCCGUUCGAGUGUUGAAGAUGGUCGUCGUUUUCGCCAUCGCCACUACCUCAAGCGAGAAAAAGCAUCCACUUAAACUGAACUUGAAAAUGCUUAUUAAAGCUGAUCAACGAUGUUGAGCAUCAUGGAUUUACCGUGCUGAAAAACGCAUCACUUGGCGAAAUCUUUUCGCCUUUAACUCGGACAAGACAGUCCGCUCCACAACUUCAAAAGUGCAAGCUCGCAAGAAUAGUUAUCCUUUCAAGCAAGUUCGGCAAUUUUUUGCUGUAAGGACUCAAAGAUAACUUAUGUUCAAUCUUCCCACAAUAUAUAAGACUGAACAGCAAGAGCAAGCGAGAAGUUGUCCAAAAAAUGUUCAAGUUCGAAGGUCUUCUUGGAUUACCGCUAGUUGGGAAGUCAAGACGUGUCAACAAUCAUGCGUCGCAAGAACACAGAAAAACUUCAUAAGAACUGAACGUUACUUCUCCUUUAUUUAAAAACUUGGAGAAUUAUGGCUCUAUAACAGUUGUUAGCUGUUGUCAAUUGAAAAAAAGGCAAGGAUUCUUAGUUUAGAGAACUCUAACUUUAGCUUCAUCAUUAAUGACAGCUUGAGUGAUUUUCACUUAACACAAUCUGUUCACAAAGCACAUUGCUAGUUAAGAUCGAUUCAAAUGAAUUUAUAAUCUUUCGGUAGCCUGAGAACAACUAUAUGUAGCUACGACAGUGAUUAUAUUUUGUUGACAAUUUUUUUAAGUUUAGAAACACCGAGCUCAGAGCUCGCCCUGCAAACCCAAUACGAGAUCGGCAGAUGAAACACGAUCUGCUAAAUUACCACCGCAAAUGUAAAACAAUUUAAGAUCAAAUAUCUUUAUUUAUUGCAUAAAUGAAAGAAAAA